AUGGUUAACACGCGCAAUUUUAACAAGAGGGGCAAGCCCUCCAAGGUCGGGCGAAACCUUGUUCGUUGGGACUCUGAGAUGGAUCUUUUCCUGCUGCUUGGAGUUCAGUCGGCAUGCAACACCCUGGCAAUCAAGCUGCCGUGGAACAAAGUUGCCGAAAUCAUGAACGAGAAUCUUCCAGGACAGUUCACUGAAGGGGCCAUCGUCCAGCAUCUCGCCAAAUUGCGCUCCCGCCCUUCAGGCAGCAAGACCGAUGCCGGCACCCCAGCUCAAGGGUUUCGUUCUCGCAAGCCGCAGAGAGAGGAAUCGUCCUCUGAAGAUAUGGGUGUGGAUGAGCAGGGAGAUUCGGACAUUGAGUACAAAGAGCCGGCUCGUCGUAAGAGUGGUGCUCGACGCCCAAAGGCCAAGGUCGCCUCCAAGGCUCGCAGCGCAGGAAGCAACACUCGAAAGAGAGCCAGGGCUACAACCCGUGCCAAGCCGGCCAAGAUCCAAAAGCGAACGCAGUCCACCAGUGCUGUGAGCAGCGAGAACGAGGCGUCCCAGAAUGAGGACGAGGAGCUGGAGAGCUCUGAUGAUGAGCAGGUCGACCAAAUGUGCGUUGGAGCCAGCUGGCUUCAGUUCUCGGGCAAUGAGAAGGACCGCAAGCCCAGUGGAUCGCACACUGAGGUCAAGAGCACGCCCAAGAAGAGUGGCAUUCUUCGUCUCAAGGUCAACCCUGAGAGUCUGCGAGUCAUCGAAUCUGCGCGAAACCCGUCCAACUCGCCCUCCACUGGAAGCCACAUGACCCAGCAGCCCACCCAGAAGACCAAUCGGCCUUUCAGUCAUUCUUUCAACACGUUCAGUCGAAUUAGCCCUUAUCCUGCCCACCAGCCGGGCCCCAGCCAGACGACUGGCCAGUUCCAGGGCAUGGACCAGUACACCGGUCUGUAUGACAUGGACCAGGAUUUGAGCCAGCCCUUCCCCCCGCUGCCGAGCAUGGACAUGCAUUUCAACCCAGCCUUGCCUGCAAGCUCGUUCACCGAUGAUAUGAACAUGGAGCUCUCUUCAAUCCCGGAAAGCAAGGCCUCUGGUUGUGGCAAUCUCCAUGCAAGUGACGUGGACGCGGAAUUUGAGUUGGACUUCAUCAACCCCGGGUGGCUUUCGCAAGAAGGUCCUCCUCCCAGCAUGUCGUCGUGGACUCUGGAUUCGAACUACCUGGAGAACAUCGAUCUGGGUAUGGACAUUGACAAUGUUGCUGCCCAGCCCAGCCAGGAUACAAUGGACUCGGGAGAUGGGGGCCAGCACGAUCUCGUCUAA